GUCAACUUAUCGCCAGUUUGGCCGAGUUUUGCCGUCGCGUCGUCACGCGAUUAGCGCUUCCGGCUUCUCCUCUACGGUCCCCGCGGUGAUUGAUGAACGAUCGAGAUGCUGGAACCGGAAGUGGAAGCCGCGGUCAUCAAUCUGCGACGGGGCACGAGUUUGAGGAUACCGUCCACCACCACUGUCGAAGAGAGCGAGCUGGGCCUGCGUCGCAGCGGCUCCCUGAGGAUCCCGCGGGCGAGCGACGACCUCGCGCGAGAACGGGCGAGCCUGACGAGCACGAGAUCGUCGCCGUCGUCGACGUUGUCGCUGUCGACCUCCACGUCGUCGUCGGCGUCGGACAGAUGCGCCGGCGAAAGCAGCAGAUCGUCCCGGCCCGCCAGGCGAUACGUACCUGAGGCUGCGAGCGACGCACCUGCGCCGGAGUACCUCGCCAGGAGUCUCCUGCAACUUGGAUGUCCUGCCGUGUCGAUGCCCAAACCUCGUGGCGGUGUCGGGUCGGAGCAACCGCCGAGCAGCGACAGCGAUGACUACACCACCGCCCAUCUCCAGCAGCAAACUGCUGGUGGUUAUGGACAGAACCUGGACGGUUACACCGUGCCCAAAGUCCAGGUGUCGGGCCCACCAAACGCCGAUGAAUCCGCUUCCGUCAUCAAUGGGUCUGCGGGGUCCAUAGGCGCGCGCUCGGCACCCAGCACGCCCCUGCAAGCUGCCCCCGAUGCACCGCAGGCCGGGGGCCAACAAUCGAUCAGCGGGUCCCAACUUACUGUGGCUGGUGCCAGCUAUCCUCAGCCUCCGAGGAGCCCCAGUCACGCGGCCUUGAGAUGUAACGACAGUCACCUUUCGAAGCCACUGAGUAGGAGUACACCAUCGAUGGCAGCUGGCGGCGCGCAAACUCCGGCAAAGGUUAGCAGAUCCUCGUCGAGGUCGUCGCCGACGUCUACCAGCAGCGCGAGGCAGAAGAAGUUCCAUAGGCACUUCAGUCAGUCGUCGAAAUUUCGUUAUCAGGUGGCGGAGGACGAGCGCGUGCUGAAUUACUACAGCUGCGCGCUGGUGGGCGACAUCCUGCUGCAGGGUCACCUGUACAUCACGCCCAACUACUUCGCCUUCUACAGCAACGUGUUCGGCUACGUGACGAAGCUGCUGAUACCGACGGUGUCGGUGCUGAAGAUCAGCAAGGAGAAGACGGCGCGCAUCAUCCCGAACGCGGUGGCGGUGGCCACCGAGGAGGAGCGUCAUGUCUUCUGCUCGCUGCUCUCGCGCGACUCCACCUACAAGCUGAUGAAGCAGGUUUGGGACGCGGCCAUGGAGCCGCGAACGACGGCGGACGCGUUGCCGGCGAUCGACAGCGACGAUACCAAGCUCCUCGUCCCGGACACGCUGCUGGUCGACGAUUCCGAGGUGAACGCCGAGGAGGACGAGUCGAGCAUGUCCGAGAGCGGUACCGAUCUCACGGCGGCCACCAGAUCGCCGACCGUCUGCAGCGAGACCGACGGCGCCCCCGUGACGCUCAACAGGCCGAUUUUGCCACCCGCCAGGCUGGAGACAGCAGUGUUAACGAAGGCGCUGACGCCGAGCAAAUCCGACAGGCUGGGAUCUCUGUUCACCAACGGGCUGAAGCCCGGCAUGGUGAUAGCGAUACUGGUGGCCCUCUUGGCAGUUCUUUACGUAUCGGCGGCUCUAAUGAUGAUGCGCAUUGACAGACUGCACACAGCUUAUUUAAACCACCCUCUCGUCUCGCCGGAACGCUUCACGCAGGAUCGGCUGUUGCACUAUCUCAACACAAAUCUGGAUCAAAUAGUGAAGGUACGGCAGAGUUUGCAGACGCUAUCGCAGCAGUUUGUGACGAUGAGCCAGGGUGGUAGCCAGACGGGGCCGGCCGGCGGCGUGGUGGAACCGGAAGACGCGCCGAGUUAGCCCUCGACGAUAGGACUCGAUUCAAUUCAGCCAAAAAACGACACGAGGCCCCGUCGUCCCGCCGGCGCACGUAGCAUCGCCUCGUGAACGACAACGUCGUACCAUCGUCGUCGUCGUCGUCGUCGUCGUCGUCGUCGCCGUCGUCGACGACGUCGUCGUCGUCGUCAUUGUCUUCGUCGUCGCCGCGCUAUAGUCGUCGGCGACCGCGAGGGUCGAUCCCACGCGACAGUCAAUCGCGCGAUCGUCCCUCCGACUAGGAGUUACUGUCGUUCUAGUACCUAGACUUCCGCGGGAGUUUAGAGAGGCAGCCGUCUCGUGAAACGAGAGACCUCGGGCAUCCCCGAGCGAGGGAAUGGAGUACCCUUUUCUAGCGAACUUUGAAGCGAACCUUGGACGCCCGCGCGAAUUAGAACCGAGCGCUUGCAGAGACUUAUAGGCUGUUCUGACAGAAACAUACAUAUAUGCGUAAAAAGAUACCUCAGACACACAUAUACGAACACACACUUGUAAACAGGGGGGAAAAAGCGAAGAUAAGUGCGCAGCGGGCGAAGGGAUAUCCGCUCUUUUUCUUUUCUUUUUGAACUAGUCACGCGUGUACCUAAGCCCCGGGGUACGACAAGAGAAACAGAAUGAACAAAAUGGUAUAUGUAUAUAUACAUAUAGUAUAUAUAUAUACAGUUGUAUACAUAUAAAGUAUCUAUACAUACAGAUAUAGAUUAACAACGCAUAUUUCGCGAUUACUUGUUCGUUAAUUAUGUAUUUCGAGCUAGUCGGGCACUACUCUAUCACCGCUGCUAUAUACUAUAUGAUAUAUUAAAAAGAUCGACACUAUAUUAUAUAGCAUCACAAUUCGGUAAUCUUAUCUCGAUGUAGCGCGCGGCACACGCGCCGAGCGACGAUACUUCGCCGAGACGUUGAAGUAUCUACCGAGAUAUAAUAGAGGAGUUCGCGCUUUCCUUAUCCGCCAUUAGCUCUUUCAGUACCUGCCUUGAACCUGCAUUUAAUAAUGAUAUAAAAAUCUUAACUCCACGAUAUGUAUCGACCCUUGUCCUCGCCACGUUCUCGGUGUCUCACGAAUCUCGAUGAGACUACAGGUAUUUAAGUUUCUCCGCUGUCAAAUUUCAAACAAAAUUUCGAUACGAAAUGCUACUUGCUGGCGGCAAUUCGUGACGUUCUGUGUUAAGCAAUGAAAAUAUAAGCGUUGAAUAUCAUUGAAGGAAAGGGCGUAACGCGACCUCUCUACAAUGUGAGGAUUGACGGCCGGAUUCUUGAAAAAAUAUACAUGAUUCUCCUCUGCAAUAACAGAGGAGAAUCAUGUAUAUUUUUUCAAUUCUUCAAUUAGCAAAGCUUUCGGUCUCUUAGAAACUUUUCUAAUUGAAGAAAAAUGAAACUUCGUAGCUACUUGCUGACAUCAUUUAACGUGGACAUCGUUCAAGUAAAUCUCGAUGUCUCGACAGACCGUAGCGUUAAACUAAACUAUGAUACAUUACAAAUAGAAAAGGGGUUUUUGACAAAUUUAAAUGAGAGUUGAGACGGACGAAGACUCUUGCCUAAAUAUUAGUAUUUGCAUAUUUGUAUCCCGCAACGAGCGUAAGGGAAUAUUUACUUAAUGACAGUUAAAGUUAAGCGAACACACUGAUGAACACCGGCUGUAAAAUUGCGUUGAAUUAACAAGAGGAAGGUGCUAACGUCCCUACAUUUAGUUCGGUACUGAAAGGGUUAAAUUGCGCAGCUUGGAUGGGCCCGGAGAUGCGAGAGAAAGAGAGGAUGAAACUGAGAGAAAGAAAGAAUCCGCGUUCUCUUGCGUGACUGUUCCUACCGCACGCUCCCGAUUGUUUCUGGAAGUAACGACGGUGUUAUAUCUUCUAGAUUCGAUCACGCGAGUCGUCUGCGUCGAAAGUGACUCCGUUUCGAGAUCAGACAAAUGUCGAGAAUCUUGAAACAUGCAGGGACAUCGAUUUCUUGUCUCUUACUUAAUUUAUUUAUGCUUAAUUUAUUUGAUACAAAAUAUUUGACUGAAUUUAUUUUUUUUUAUUUUAGUAUACACACACACACAUAUCAUAUGCACAUAUACACACACGUACACAUCUAAUGUCUAAGAUAUAUUAAGAUCUGAAAAGCAUAACGAUAUCUAUGAUUAAAUAGGUUUAUAAUUUUAUUAUUUAUUCGAGAUUUGGACAAGUUUUUGGGGAAAAUUUUAAAACUGUUGUUAGUUGAGCUAAUUUGUUUUUAAAUAAAUUAUAUUAAUAAGAAACUCACGUUUACGGGAGUUCCUCGGCAUAUAUCGGGUUGAUUAAAUUUUAGGUAGAAAAGCAGUUUGAGACAUAGAUGAAUUAAGUUUGUCGCAUGUUUCGAAGCUCGCAUUCUGCCGCACUUUCGAGACGUACGGCUCGCGCGCUAAAGUGCUCGCGAAAUAUUUCAUUUACUCGAGCAAAUUCCGAAAUCGUUGCACUUUCCGACGGAACGAUGAAUGUUGAGAGAGACGAAAGAGGCGUUAUUAUAUUUGCGGUUGUAAUAUGGGAGACGAGAGGCUGGAGGUUGACUGUGAUAAUAGGAUCGUGAAUGCGCGCUCGCAGAGGCACGACCGCGCUUACCUCUUUACUGCGCGGAAUCCGCAAAAUAUAGAGAGAAUAACAUUAUCUUUAGGGAGAAAAAAGGGAAAUGCGGGAGUUGCGUAAUAUAUGAUAUGAUAUGCAGCGCAGUGAGGAGGUCGUUUUCGUGGUUUCUUUUUUGCUCGGAGAAGAAGGAAGCAAUUUGAUAAGCGCGAUCGUUUCCCCUUCGAGCUUAAUACGGGAUCUAAGAGAACUGCUGUUAUAUUAAUUAGCUAUAUUUAUAAGAAUGUAAAGAGAGGAGGAAAAAGAGGGAGAGGAAAAAAUUUUAAACGUUGUUUUCUAUAUUGUUUAAUUAUUAAUUAUACUCGUGGGAUAUACAAACGGUAUUAUUUUAAGUUUCAACCUUUUAUUGGACAUUUCUAUUAUCGAUUGACUACGUUGAAUACAUUACUCGCGCAGAAAAACGAGGCGAGAUAACGCGACGUCAUCAGAGCUGAAAAUUUAUUUAUUCUUCUCCGAUUUCCUCUCGAAAACGUCGUGAAAACGUGGGACGGGGCAGUAUUCCUUUCGCGUGUCCGGAAAUGUACGACUCGACUUCACGCGCGAUGAAUAUUCCGUCGACGCGAGAACAUACGCGAGAUUGUUUAACCGUAAAUAGAGACGUAACCAACAUGUAUCGUUACUGACGAUUCGUUGAGAAGCGAAAGCAUACCGAUACAUGCGCCAGAAAACACGAGCACACGUACGAGAAGCAGACCUUGUAAAUCGCUUUGCUCGGAAAACUUUCAAAACCCUCGGGAUUUUUGCAAGCCCGAUCUGUUGUACAUUGUCACACACGAUGAACCCUUGGAAUUUCUAAACACGAUCCUCAGAUCCAUAUCGCAUACGCGGGGAGAUCAAUUCUGAUAUUCGUUUUGUCAUCCGAAUAACAAAGUAGCUUGCCGAUUGGCCGAUUUCCGAUGUCUCAGCAAGAAUUGGAGACGAACCGUAGAUGAACUAUAUGCAGAAAGAAGGAGGAUUAAAACGAGUCAACGGCGGUAUAUUUUGCGAAAUUAAAUUAUCUUUUCGUAAAUCGAAGCUAAAUUUUUGAUUAUAGAAAAUAAAUUUUGGUUGGCUGUUUUUGAUCCAAUUUCAUUGAAUUAUUGUGAACGUAUUGCUGGAAUGAGAUUGCUGCCUUCCAAAUAUAUAGAUAAUUAAAUAAUGCUAUGAAAAUAUAUUUCAGAACGUUAAAUAAUGUUAAGACUUAGUGAAGAAUAGUCACAAAGUGAACAUUAAUUUAAAGAUUAUUUAAGUUUUAACAAAUUUAAUAGACAGAUAUGAGAUACAGUCGCUAGACAGAAGGUUUGGAUGUUUGACAUCUAAGAAAUAUAAGAAGAAGAAAGAAAA